AUGUGUCAAGCAUUUGAAAGAGCAGAAACUGGUGGCAUAAGCACAAGAAAAGCACAGCAUCCAGCACGUUGGGAAGAUUAUCAGAAGUUUGGAGACAAUAAGAGACGCAAGUACAUGUUGGCUGCUCGUGCAACUUGCAGUGAUGUUAUGGUGAUGGCGCUGCCUUCAUUGGUCUAUGAGCCCUUCACUCCAAGUACUAAAGCCCACGCUUUCGUUGCUCAAUUGAGAUUUUUCCUGAUUUAUAGAGACAUUGUGAGCGAUCUUAUGGCUGACGUGUUGUUCCAGGCAACGAGAGAUGGUCAUCGCAAUGCGUGGAAUGUGCCAAUGACGUUCUCGCUGCUGGAAGAAACGAGGCUGGACCGGAACAAUCGAAAAUGUUGA